GUAUGACAGAUUUCGCAUUAACAACAUUCAGUAGUAAAGGAAAACUAUUAUAAAUUGAAUAUGCUCUUAAUGCUGUUGCAAAAGGAGACACAGCUAUUGGAAUUAAAGCUAAAAAUGGUGUUGUUUUGGUAGUAGAAAAGAAACAAUCAUCAAUUUUGGUUGAAGAAUCCAGUGUUUAAAAGGUUUCACUAUUGACAGAUAAUAUUGCAGCCACAUAUGCAGGAUUGGGUCCAGAUUUCAGAGUCCUUGCAUAAUAAGCUAGAAAAUUGGUUAAAAAAUAUGAUCUUAAAUAUCAAGAGGAAAUAUUUGUAUAAACAUUAAGCAGAGAAUUAGCAGAAGUAUAUAAUAAAUUUAUAAAUUAGGAUGUAUAAGUGGCAACUUAAAGAGGAGGUAUUAGACCAUUUGGAGUUUCAAUUUUGAUUGCAGGAUAUGAUGAAGAAGGUCCCCAUUUAGUUUAACUUGAUCCAAGUGGAGCUUAUUAUAGUUGGAAGGCUACUGCAAUUGGAAAGUAAGCAAAGAAUGCAAAGGCAUUUUUAGAAAAGAGAUAUAAUGCAGAUAUGGAGAUUGAAGAUGCCAUAAAUACAGCAUUAUUGACUUUGAAAGAAGGGUUUGAAGGUAUAAGAUAAAUAUAAUUUUUAAUUAGGUUAGAUAACCCCUACAAAUAUAGAAGUAGGAGUGAUUAGAGAUGAUCAUGUGUUUAGAAUAUUGCCUCCAUCAUAGGUAAAGGAUUAUUUGGAAGAGUUAGAAUGA